AUGGACUUUGUCUUACAGGCUCAGACAGAGCCCUCCCUCAAGGGCUACAUUAAGGGCUUGCUACCUUUGCCUACUGAGAGCUACUUUAAUAAGACGCUCUGUGAGGCUCACCCAAUAUCCAGCGUCCAAUAUAUUGAGGCCAAAAAGAAGACGUUUAGGUUCCGCUCUUGCGCAGAUGGUGGAUGGGAUAGGCAAGCCAUGUUAAACGUUGCCCUGGGUGCUGUCUGGGACACGCGCAUCAGCAUCAUGGGGCUUGAGGAUGUGGCCACACAAAAGGGUACACCAAGGCCAACGCCAAGAUACCUAUAAAAAGGGCAACAUUGGCGUCUCAGGCUUGCAGAUCAGCGACGAGACCUUUUCCCGCUC